GGCAGCACAUAACACGCUAACGUCAUUGUAGCUGGGCGAAACCCCUCUAGGCGUCCUUUCCCGCCAUCUUGUUCACGUGGAUACUCGCUGCGAUCAGCGAGUAGUGACAAGAGGCAUGAGUUCACAGGAUAAGUUAACAAGGAUCGCCAUUGUCAAUACAGACAAAUGCAAGCCCAAGAGAUGCAAACAAGAGUGCAAGAAGUCGUGUCCUGUUGUGAGACUCGGCAAACUUUGCAUAGAAGUAACGCCCAACGACAAGAUCGCUGCGAUAUCGGAGAACUUGUGCAUCGGUUGUGGUAUCUGCGUCAAGAAAUGCCCGUUUGAAGCCAUUUCUAUUAUCAACUUGCCCAGUAACCUUGAGAAAGAUACGACUCAUAGGUACAGCCAGAACUCCUUUAAGUUGCACAGGUUACCUACUCCAAGACCCGGUGAAGUUUUGGGUCUGGUUGGGACAAAUGGAAUAGGAAAAUCAACUGCCCUCAAGAUCCUGGCUGGGAAACUGAAACCCAACUUAGGUCGUUAUGGAGAUCCUCCAGACUGGACGGAGAUUCUGCAGUACUUCCGCGGUUCGGAGCUUCAGAACUACUUCACCAAGAUCUUGGAAGAUGAUCUGAAAGCGAUUAUCAAGCCCCAGUACGUCGACCAGAUUCCCAAGGCUGUCAAGGGAUCUGUGCAGCAACUCAUAGACAAAAAGGAUGAAAUGAAGAAUCAGGAUGAAGUGUGCAGCGUGCUCGACCUCAACAAUGUGAGAGACAGAAAUGUUGACGCGUUAUCCGGAGGGGAGCUGCAACGUUUUGCCUGUGCCAUGGUGUGCAUACAGAAAGCAGACAUCUUCAUGUUUGACGAGCCCUCAAGUUAUUUGGACGUAAAACAGAGGCUCAAGGCUGCUCAGGCGAUCCGCUCCUUGAUUCAUCCGGAAAAGUACAUCAUUGUUGUAGAGCACGAUCUGUCUGUGCUAGACUACCUGUCCGACUUCAUUUGCUGCUUGUACGGUGUGCCUGGUUGCUACGGUGUGGUCACCAUGCCGUUCUCUGUCAGGGAAGGCAUCAACAUUUUUCUCGACGGUUUUGUGCCAACGGAGAACCUGAGGUUCAGGGACACUUCGCUUAUCUUCAAGGUUGCCGAAACAGCUACGGAAGAAGAAAUCAAGCGGAUGUGCCGUUACGAGUAUCCCAACAUGAAGAAGUGUUUAGGUGACUUCGAAAUGAGUGUGGAUGCUGGCACAUUCACAGAUUCCGAGAUCAUAGUGAUGCUGGGAGAGAAUGGCACAGGAAAGACAACCUUCAUCCGUAUGAUGGCUGGCCGAUUGAAACCUGAUGAAGGAGGUGAUGUCCCUUCUUUAAACAUCAGUUACAAGCCUCAAAAGAUUUCCCCGAAAUCUCAAGGAACUGUGCGAAUGUUGCUUCAUGACAAAAUAAGGGAUGCCUAUGUGCACCCGCAGUUCAUUGCGGACGUCAUGAAACCACUGCAGAUCGAUGCCAUCAUUGACCAGGAAGUGCAAAACUUGUCCGGCGGCGAGCUUCAGCGUGUGGCCUUGGCACUGUGCCUUGGCAAGCCUGCCGACGUGUACCUAAUAGAUGAGCCGUCGGCCUACCUCGACUCCGAGCAGCGUCUGGUGGCAGCGAAGGUCAUCAAACGAUUCAUUCUGCAUGCCAAGAAGACUGGUUUCGUGGUUGAGCACGACUUCAUCAUGGCCACAUAUCUGGCCGACAGAGUCAUCGUCUUCGAGGGACAGCCCUCGGUCAAGACUCUAGCGAAUGCGCCGCAGAUGCUGCUGGCAGGCAUGAACAAGUUUUUGGAGCUGCUAAACAUCACGUUCCGCAGGGACCCCAACAACUACAGGCCAAGGAUAAACAAGCUCAACUCUGUGAAGGACACAGAACAAAAGAAGAGUGGCAACUUCUUCUUCCUUGAGGAUUAAGAGACCAGCUCAGUUGGGGAGAGACACUGCACAGCUGCCAUGGAGUGCCACGUGGAGCGCACAGCCAUUAGUGUGAAGGAAUAAAUCUGCCAUUUGAAAAAGGCAGUUUUCCAG